UGAUAUAUCUCACACAUCACGCGGUUUAAUUAGUGAAGGAGCACACAGUGCGACUCAUAGCAGACUGUUUGUUUAUGGUGGAGGCAGGUCUGCGCCCGUUUGGAUCAGAUACCACGGCUUUGGAUCUAUCUUUAUUACAUAAGAGAAGAAGUCCCAUGUGAGCUGUCGCUUGGCUGCAUUCAGCAGAUACUACCACCACUGCUGCGACAAGAACAGCAUUUUGUACAUGUGGCCCGCUCUACCAGCACUAGAUCCUGUUUGACUGGAUGAUCUCCUGAUGGAACCCCCUUCAUAUGAGGAGGCCGGUCUCCACCCUCCUGCUCUGGGCACAGCAGCAUUCCCCCCUCCCCCCUCCUACGCCACCUCCCUCCACUCCCCCCCAACACCUCCGCCCACCUACGGAGAAGCAGUCCAGCCAGAUCCUUUUCCUGUCCUGACAGUGCCAACUGUUGUAACGUCGCACACCGGUAUCACAAUCCAUCCUAUUACACAAAUUGGUGUAACACCGUCUGUUGGCGUCAGACAAACUCAGCCAGCUGUAGUUGUGACACAGCCACGGCCUCAUCACGUUUCAGUGUCGCAUCUGGAAGAUUUCCCCAGUUUGGUUGUUUGCUCGCACUGCCACCACUCUGUCACCACUAAAGUCACAUACCAGCCUGGGAAGGCUGCCUGGUGCAUGUGUUUUCUUCUAGCAGUGAUGGGUUUGUUCUGUGGUUUCUGUCUGAUACCUUUGAUGGUACGAAGCCUACAAGAUGCGCAUCAUUCCUGCCCACGGUGUGGAAACCAUCUGCACACUUACAUAAGAUGACAAUGUCAGGAUAAAUAAGGUUCCUCUUUUCCUCAGUCCACGCAAAACCUGAUACUGAUAAUGUAUUUUUGUCACAACACUGAUAAAUAACAAUUUGUCAUAAGCUAGGAAUGUAAACACCUCACUGCCUAAACUACACAGGAAGAUAAAAGUGAAUUCAAUUAAGUGUGCAACUGAAUGUAUAUACAGUGCAUACUGACGACAGAGAUGGACAGAGCGGUGGCUUAUGCUGCAGGAAAUGUUUGAAAUUUUUCAUAGAGAGUUUUU